AUGACUGACCCGGCAGUGUCACCUUUGGGAUGCGAUGGACUCCGCGAGAGGAGGACACAGGCUCCCAAAGAAACAAUCACCCCAGCAUCAUUAGACCCUUUGAUGAGCAAGAUGCGCACAGAUGAAUCGAGUACUGUGGAACCGGAGAAGACGACGUUUGGUAGGACGCCAGAUGGUACUGUAUUUACCGUACCACACACUCGUGAUAUGGUCUCGCAACUCCUGUCUCCGUCAGAACCGAAGAACUUAUCCGAUAUCCUGGUCCUCUCGAUCCUGGCUCUUCAUUUAUUAUUGCUUCGAGCCCUGCCAACGUCGUUUCGCAUACCCGUCUUCGCAUUUAUAUUCUUGUCCUGGAGAGCAGCGUAUAAUAUUGGAAUAGGAUGGCUACUACAUAUGCAGUCGAAUCAUCGCACUCUCGUGCUCUGGGCACGGAAAUUGCAACUGUUCGUGGAUCCGUCAACUGGGGAAAACCGGCACCCGCUUCUUUAUCGUUUCAUCAAACGGGAGCUCGAAACCAAGAUCCCGGAAAACUAUUCGUUCGAGAAUGCACCCAUUGAAUACAAUACUUGGUUGGUUUUUAGACGUGUGGUUGAUUUAAUCCUCAUGUGCGACUUUACUUCGUACUGCCUAUUUGCCGUUGCUUGUGGAAGCCGCCCUGUGGAUGAAGGCUUUUUUAUGAUGCUGCUCCGGUGGUCUACAGGGUUGAGUCUCGUAUUGUUCAACCUCUGGGUUAAACUGGAUGCGCAUCGCGUCGUCAAGGACUUCGCUUGGUACUGGGGCGACUUCUUUUAUCUGAUCGACCAGGAUUUGACGUUCGACGGCGUCUUUGAGAUGGCACCGCACCCAAUGUACUCGGUUGGUUAUGCUGGGUACUACGGCAUCUCCUUAAUGGCAGCUAGCUACAAAGUGCUUUUCAUCUCUAUUCUAGCACAUGCAGCGCAAUUUGCCUUCCUUGUGUUGGUCGAAAAUCCACACAUUGAAAAGACAUAUAACGCUCCCCCGCCUCGAAAACGGGUUGUUGACCCAGACACUGCCUUGCAUGAAGAACCAGGAUCGCGAUCGAACUCGUUCAACAGCGACGCUACUCCUCCAAUGUCUCUUCCCGGCACAACACAACCGCGUUCAACGCACGCUCUAGUCGGUAGUAUAGAUUUCCAUCGGGUUACAGACCUCUCGGUUCUUUUGAUCCAUCUGCUUUUCUUCGCCUUUACGAUGGUUACACCCUCUACUCCAAUUUAUCGUUUCCUAUUUGUCUUAAACGCCGCCUUGUGGAGAAUAUGGUAUUCCGCUGGGAUAGGGUACAUCCUGGAUCGUCAAUCGGCUCGCAAGUCUUGGACAAGGCAUUUUGUUAAAUUUGGAGAGGGCCAGGACGAAGCAUGGAGGCAAUGGCAAGGAAUCUACCAUCUCAGCAUGACUACUUGCUACGCUAGCUUUAUUGCCGCGGCUUGGAAAAUGUACACGUUACCACAAGAUUGGGGCUACGGGCUGGCUAUCCUGAGGCAUGUUUUGGGUGCUAGUCUGAUUGCCUUGCAGAUCUGGACAUCGAUGAGUAUCUAUGAAUCGCUUGGGGAGUUUGGCUGGUUUUUUGGCGACUUCUUUUACGACGAAUCCCCGAAGCUGACUUAUAGCGGCAUUUACCGGUUCCUGAACAACCCUGAACGUGUCCUUGGCCUAGCGGGUGUAUGGGGCGCCGUUCUGAUAACGAACAGUCGGGCAAUGAUAUUUCUUGCCCUCCUAAGCCACACCUUGAGCAUCGCGUUUAUUCAAUUGGUCGAACGUCCACAUAUGCAAAAGCUUUAUGGGCGAAGUUUGCGGCGUGAUGCCGGGUUGGUGAAGAGUAUCAAACGGUCUCUGCCAAAUUCUCUGAAACAGUUUCAAGGAAGUGUUGACAAAAUUCUUGAUGAGUCCAUCGACUUCGUGGAAGAAGUUAUUGACACUGCGCGUCCAAAACUUGCCGCUGGCGUCAACACAUUUGUGAAGGAUACAACUGCACUUUUCCAUAAGUACCCAGCUAGAAUCACAAUCACACGUUUGGAACCAGACCUUGCCGGUUACGAGUUGAAGGAUUACGCUCUUAGCGUUGAAGGCACAGAAUUGACCCAAUUCAAUAAGUCUGGCGGCGAAACAAAAGAGAAGUCUCAGUCGUCUAGAGGCAGUGAAAACUUGGUCUUUGAAUAUGGUGCACCAAUCAAGGUCAAGUGGACUGCCCCUUUGAAUCACAGCAAGAAGGAUUGGGUUGGCUUGUACAUGGUCACUCAUAACUCGUCCCGCGAAAUCACGAAGGUGUCGUCACAGGGACGAUGGGUUGCUACCAACGAGGGCGCGUUUGAUUCGUCAACUAGUGAAAUCGGGCUCAAAAGUAGCGACAUCUCCGAGCAUUCUCAAGGUAAAAAUGGCAAAUCACGGGAGGUAGCCUCUGGAGAAAUGGUCUUUUCUGGUGACAAACUCUGGUGGAACCAAGGUGUGUUUGAAUUUAGAUAUCACCAUAACGGGAAACACAAUGUUAUGGCAAUUUCUCGCCCUUUCGAAAUCCGAAUUGCGAAAUUCGACGAAAACGAAAUCCCACUGGACAACCACGGGGUUGUCAGGCCUGCCAUUGAAGCAGCGUUGCUUCCGAUCGUACAAAAUUGCCUAGAUCGGGAUGCGGACAUUGCACCGCAGAAUUCCGAGGAGGCUUUCGGGUCUCAAGUGGAUAGGGACAGCAAAUAUGCGAAACGCGUGGUUUUCGCUGUCCAGCAUAUGUUCGGUAUAGAAUUUGCACCUGAAGUCGUAUGUGCUGAUGGCAGUGUUCGCAACCUGGCCUGGCGAAUAUGCAAUGCAAAGAAGGUCCUCGCACCAUACAGCAUGUCCCGCUCAAGCGGCACAACCACGCCAGUGCAGGAAGAUUAG